AUGUCAUGUACCUGUUGCACAGAGCCGCCAAGAGCUGCGAGUAGCUUACCAGAAGAUCCUUUCUACGUUCACACGUCUACGGUGUUUGAUUCCCUCACUGGCCAGUUCUUAACGGACGUCUCUUUUGAAGUGGACCCAGCCACAGGUUUGAUAACUCAAGUCCUACACCGAGAGAGCGAUCUGCCCGUUUCUGUCACAGAUAUUGACCUCAGAGGCAAGAUCGUCAUGCCCGGCUUUGUGGACGCACACACCCAUAUUUUUCUUCACUCGUACGACGAGGCCGACAAUGCAAAGCAGAAGCGUGAUGAGAGCUUUGUGGAGCGGAUCAUCCGGGCCACCAACCACUGCAGAGCAGCGCUCAUGGCCGGGUACACUACUUACAGAGACCUGGGGUCAGAGGGGACGCAGGAGGCGGACGCAAGUUUUAGAGAUGCUAUCAACAGAGGCAUUGCCGUGGGUCCACGGCUUUUCGUCGCCACAAAAGUGCUAGCGUCGGUUGCUGGCGUCAAGACGCACACGGAGAACACAAUUGGUGGCACUAGGUUGCCGGUUGCCAGUGAAGAGUGCGACGGCGAGGACGAAAUUAGAAAAGCCGUGAGACGGCGUAUUGGGCUGGGCUGCGACGUGAUUAAGUUCUUUGCCGACUAUCGCAAGCGUAUCAUGCGCUAUCCGCCGGCAGUGCAGCACCCAUACGUCUCGUCGGUGAUGUUUCCGCCAGAGAAUCCCAACCCCGAUGUGGUGCUCUACACGCAGAAGGAGAUGAACGUCAUUUGCGAAGAGGCGCGAAACGCGGAUUGUCCCGUUGCAGCACACUGCACAACCAACAGGGCAGCGGCGAUGGCCGCAAGAGCCGGUGCACACACAAUUGAGCACGGCUUCUGGUGUAACACAGACACUCUUGCGACACUCAAGGAAAAUGGAUGCAUUCUCGUGCCGACUCUGGCCAUUGCCGAACGGCUAUACGGCUCUCGAUUCGCAGAAAUGCUUGUCAAGACACACAAAGCCUGGAAAAUGGGCUUGCGUCAAGCGUGUGGAGGCGACACAGGGACAUUCAACCACGGAGAAAACGUGAGAGAGGCAGAGCUUUUUUUGGAAGCAGGAAUCUCGCUCGAAGACACCUUGAGGUCCCUGACCUACCACGGCUGGCUGGCCUGCGGCAGCGACUUCUGCGGGAGAAGGUUUGGCUGGCUGGCAGAGGGCACCGCCGCAGAUAUGGUAGCUCUCGACAAAGACCCUCGUCAGGACACCACGGCCCUGCGGCAUGUAUCCUUUGUAAUGAAGGAUGGCCGCGUGUACAAGAGAAAUGGAAAGCAAGUAGUUAGUUAA